AUGGAAAACGUCGGUGUUAAUGACGGCUCUGUUCUUGGUUCCUCUGAACGGACCGUUACCGAGAUUCAUUUGGUGCCUGCGAGUGGUAGCCUUUCAUCGGCUCACCACUUCGUUUCCUUAAAGUUGAACUCCCGGAACUAUCUGUUUUGGCGGACUCAGAUGCUUCCGUUUCUUGAAGGCCAAGGGCUUCUAGGGUUUGUUGAUGGUUCUAUGCCCUUUCCGGCGGAGUCACCGGCGCUGGCGUCGACCGCGGACAGCGCUCCCACGAUGGCUUCCGAUCUCCCGACGCGGCAGCUCGCAUGGCGUCGUCAAGACAAAGCCAUUCUCUCCAUGCUCAUAUCUUCCUUGUCCGAGGAGACCCUUCGUUUCGCCGUCGACAAGGGUACUUCUCGGCAGCUUUGGCAGGUGAUCGAACAAACCCUAGGAUCGUCCACUCGCUCUCGCGCUCUCCGGCUGCUCGGCGGACUACAAGGGCUCCGCCAAGGUGACUCCUCCAUAUUUGAUUACCUUGGUCGCGCUCAGAUGUUGAUUGAUGAACUGGCUCUCGCCUGUAGUCACGUUGAGUUGGAUGAUCAGAAUCUGUACAUGUUUCGUGGUUUGCGCCCGGAGUUUCGACCAUUGGUGGCAACCCUAACCCGUGGUGCUCCCGUUCCCUUCCCGGAGGUUGCGAAUUUUCUUGUUUCGCAGGAGUGGAUAUAUUCGGAUGACGGCACGGCUCUCGGCGCACCGGCGGCCUUGGCCGUAAGCCGUGGGGGUCAUGACGGCCGCGGUGCAGUCUGCAAAACCGAGGUGGUGGCGGCCGCGGUCCAACUCAGGCCCUCGGUGUCAUAUUUGCAACAAGCAAGGGCAUAUAGCUACAUCGUGUUGGCGUCGUUUCAGUCCUGA